AUGGCGUUGCCACGCGUUGAGGCGCGACAGUUGGAAAUGUUUUUACCGAAAGUUAACGAGCUCAACAGGUUGGAAUUGGAUCUUCUAGAUGCACACUUGUUUGCAUUUCCUGAAGAAAUAUGUGAGACGAGCGGACUGGAGGUAUUGAAACUUUGUACAGACCACAUACACUCUAUACCCGAAGGCAUUGCCAAACUGAGGAAACUAGAAGAAAUUCAUUUGCAUACAAGUGAUUACCACGAUUCCAUAACUUCCUACUUCUCACCGCGGCUUCCACCCAUUGGUCUCCAGGAGGUCCCUACUGUUGUUUCUCUUCUUCCAUGUCUUAAGGUUUUGUCUGUGUGUGGUAACCGUGGCAAUCCAUUGCUGUUUGAUGAGCUAAUGUCAUGUCAACUGCCCAGUACUCUUGUGGAAGUGGAAAUGGUGGAUUGUGGUUUGACACAAGCAACUUUGUCUAUGAUCUGCAACAAUGUGAAACUGUGCAAAUUGACUUUAGCACGCAACAAUCUGCAGUCCUUCAAAUAUUGCAACACAGAGAUGAUAAGAGAGGCAACAGUCUUGAAUGAUCUAGAAGAGCUGAAUUUUGAAAAUCUUCAGCCAUUCUUGUGUACAGGUCUUACCAAGUUGAAAAAGUUAGAUUUGAGUGAGUGUAACAUACAGCAGCUGCCAGCUGAAUUGAAUGAUCUUCAUGAUCUAGAAAAGCUGUAUUUGUCAGGGAACACAAAUCUUCAGCCAUUCUCAUGUACAGGUCUUACCAAGUUGAAAAAGUUAGAUUUGAGUUGGUGUAACAUACAGCAGCUGCCAGCUGAAUUGAAUGAUCUUCAUGAUCUAGAAGAGCUGGAUUUGUCAGCGAAUGAAAAUCUUCAGCCAUUCUUGUGUACAGGUCUUACCAAGUUGAAAAAGUUAGAUUUGAGUGAGUGUAACAUACAGCAGCUGCCAGCUGAAUUGAAUGAUCUUCAUGAUCUAGAAAAGCUGUAUUUGUCAGGGAACACAAAUCUUCAGCCAUUCUUGUGUACAGGUCUUACCAAGUUGAAAAAGUUAGAUUUGAGUGAGUGUUACAUACAGCAGCUGCCAGCUGAAUUGAAUGAUCUUCAUAAUCUGGAAGAGCUGAAUUUGUCAGAAAUCAAACUAGAAGUAUUUCCCACAUUUUCAUGUUUGCAGUGGAAACAUUUACGAACAUUGAAUUUAUCUGGUAACAAGAGAUUGUUGUGUCUUCCCAACAAUAUAUGGAAUGGACUGAACUUGUGGAGAUUGGAUCUAAGCAAUUGUGGUAUAGAAAGUGUACCAAAUACAGAAGUCACAAUUGAGAAAGUCGACAUAUCAGGAACUUCAGUCACUCAUCUUCCUAAGGAAUUUGUCUUUAGCUCCCAACUUAAGGAAUUGGAAGUGUAUGGAUGCCCAUUAGUGUUCCCACCCAUUGAAGUGUGCAACCAAGGUAUUGAUUCUAUAAGAGAAUAUUUCCGUGAGCUGGAUAAGGUGGGUGGAGUGCGACGUGGCAGAAUAAAGAUUCUAGUGAUGGGAACUACAAUGGCAGGAAAAACAAGCUUCGUUAAAGCACUGGAGAGUGGUAAACCAUUUCUGGCAGAACCCGAUGAGAGAACUAUAGGGGUAGUAGAAAAAGUAAUGAAGCUGAAUGAUAAAAUAGAAUGCAAAGUCAUUGACUGUGGUGGCCAUAGAGCGUACAUGCUAACUAACCAGCUGUUCAUCAGUGACAAUUCAUUGGUAUUGAUUGUUGUGGACAGCAGUCAGUAUAAGUUCACUCAACAAUGUUUUCGACAAAAUAUUGCAGAUUUCCUGCAAGUUGUGUAUGACAGAAACAGCAGAGCUCACAUUGCUAUUGUUGUGAGUAAAGUUGAUCUGAUGGUCGACAUGUCAAGAGAAGAAAUGAGUAGAAAGUGGAAUGAACAUCUGCACACUUGUCUACAUCAAUUCUUGAAGAUCAGACAAGCUGAGAUUGAUCGAAUGAAACGAAACGUUGCAGCUGGUGGUUCUCCAAAGAACAAAUACAUAUCACAUCAUCUUCACUUUUUUGACUUUCAGCAAAUAACUGUUGGAAAAAAUGUAAUUUUGACGAGUGCAGCUACACAUGAGGGUGUGGUCAGUGUGAAGGUUUAUUUAAGAGAACUGUGUGGUAAUGAAAGGCUGCUGCCUUCACUGCACACAGAGCUGCCGUUAUCAUGGGUAACUGUAGAAGACGAGUUGAUUACACCACAACCUCACACGUCUGUCCCCAUUACAGAUGUCUCUUAUGCAAUGCAACUGUGUGUAGAGCACGGACUGACAGAAGAAAGCUGUCGUGAAUUGCUAAACUAUCUGAACCAGGUAGGAAGCAUUCUGUAUUACUCUCAUCACCCGACUUUAGCAGAAGUUCUCUUUCCUGUACCACCAUUUGUGGUCACUUUACUUAAGGCUGUUUUCAGACAUGAUCACGAAUCUUUAGAAUAUGAUUAUCGGUUUCUUGAGGCAGAUGUAGGUCCUCAGAAGUUUAAGGAGAUGAAAAUUGAUCUUGUUUUUAAUGGCAUUGCUAGGAUAUCUAUGCUGCUGGCACUGUGGAGUGAGUUCCAUCUUACUGCAGAUCGUCAUGUUGACGUGUUUAUUAAGCUUUUUCUUGCUCUCGACUUUGGUUAUCUAACUGGCUCAUCAGACGAUGUAGUUCAGGAACUGGCGCACACUCUGGGAAGACGUCAUAUCACUUUAACUUCGCCAAGUAGCACCAACCCCACAUCAGAUUCAUCUGGUCACACAAUAGAACAAAAUCGUCAUCAAGAGCAAACAGACAGUUGCAAAGAAAUGAUUUCUAAGCUAAAACAACAUAAUGUUGGCUUGUUGUUGCCAUGGUUACUCAAUGAUGAGAAACCAGAGGAUGUUAGUGACCUUUGGCCUCUAGAUAUACCACAUGGAGUCAUACAAGUUGCAGUCGAAUACUCAUUUGCAUAUGAUUGUCCAUUGGGUUUGUUUGAACGACUGUCUGCUCGUUGCCAUCGUCACUCCAAUUUUAUUCGUCACUGGAGCAGUGGACUGCUGCUGUGUUAUGGUGCAGUGACUUUGAAUUUCAAUUGCAGUAAGAAUACUUCACCUGGCUCUAUAUGUCUCAGUGGUAGAGUAGUCAAGUCACAUCACAGUGUUGGCAGAUUGUGGCAUGUUCUUCUUCGUUGUGUGUCAGACAUGGAGGAUCUCCUCCAGUCUGUUCCUGGUGUUCUCCCUGAUAGAAUCAUGUACAGUGGAAGUUCUUCUACAAGUACAAAGUCUCCCCUCAAUCGAUGUAUUUAUUUGAUACCAGAUGAAACAUGGGGACUGUUUGCAGUAGACACUGUAGCUGGAAUAUGCAGUGCAGAGAUGGUAAAACAUGAGCAAGCAAUAAAAGAAGUGUGUCCAAGUGUAAAGAAAGGCAUUCCUCUUUCUCAAGUUUUGUCCUCUAAACAUGCAACUCCAGUAAAUCAACUGGAUCUCCAACCGAUAGCAGUAGGUAUUGGAGAGUUCUGGCCUAACCUAACAAGUAUCAUAUUUGGUUCUGACCAGUCUACGUUAUCAAAGCUACAGCAGAACAUUUCUGACUCCAGUUUUGUCCAGCCACCGGCAUUCCGCAUAUUAAGUGAGUGGUUAGAGUUAAGAGACAACCAGUUGAUGGUAUGUGAAUUGUAUGAUGCUCUACUUGUUGCUCGCAUUCCAUCUGAACCUCAAAAGCAUUUGAGUUACUUGAUGUUACCUGAUGCAGCAACUGAGAAGACGACUCCACCUGGUGACUCUGACAGGGUCACUCCACUCAUCAAAGAAAUAGUAGCUGAAAAUGUUGGACAUUGUUGGCAUGAACUAGGUAUAUACCUUGGUGUUUCAGAAGGAGUGCUAAGGGAAUGUGAACGACAACUUUACGCAUACAAAGAGAAAUUACAUAAAGUUUUGUCAGCCUGGACAGAUCAAAACCAACAUGCUACAGUUCAGCAGUUGUUGGUUGCUUGUGAUAAAGCUGGAGUGGGAGGAAUAGUCAGGAGAGAGAUUGAAUCUAAGCUUGGCACAAAACUGAUUGGAACUCGAGUCAUACAGAGUGAUAAUCCUAUCCAUAACAAUUGUUGUUUGCUCUGAAACAAAGAUGUAAUUAUCUAUAUGUGGACGGGAAAAGGAAAAUAAGAGAAACAAGACAACACACUUUGCUUGCUGCGAACCAACCUCCUUAUCGUUGUGUGUGGCUACAAUAUAUGUAGAAGAUUAUCAUCCAGAAGAAAAUAUCAUCAGAAAGAUGACACAACUGAUUGAAAUUACACACAAAGCAAUGAUGUAACUGCCCGAGAACAAGGUUCACUUCAACUUGAUCAUCUCUGACAUUUCAUCAUUGACUGGAUGUCGCAGGAUGUCAAGCAGCCACCAAUAUGUUCAUUUAUGUCGACUUGUACUGCAUGAUAUCAUACCACGAGUGAAGGACAGACACACAAACC